CGGCCUUUUUUCGCGCUGCAUCUUGAACAACGAUGGGAAAAACACAAAAGAAACGCGCGAUGAGGCGGCACAAUCCUGUCCGGGUGCCUGACUCGCAUCUUCCCCAAGGGCUUACAUCUGCGGCGGAAAGCUCUUCGAAAACACAGGCAAUCUUGCCGAUUAUGCAAAAGAUGCAAGGCACAGAUGCGGGAGAGAGAAAAUGGGCUUGUGUUGCUGUAUCCAAUAUCAUCCAGAACGAUCCGUCAACGCGGAGGUUGCUACAGGGUAAAAACAUAGUCGGGGCACUUAUAACACGCUUGACGGAUAGUGAGGAGGAGGUUGUCAUCGAGGCUAUGGGUUCUCUCAGAAAUCUUGCCAUCGACGGAGGAUACGACAUUUGCGCAGAAAUGUACAAUAAAAGUAUCCUCGUUCCGCUCAAGACAUUUGUGCCCAAGAUCGCCGCCACUCUCGCUCAAUUUUUAGAGCAAGGAGUAAAGCACGCACCAGAGAACGCGCAACGAUUGAUGUACGAAUUUGCGGAUAACGUGAUCACCGUACUGUGGUGUCUUUCAGAGACAUCGAAUAAAGCCUUGAAUGCUAUCAACGAGAUGAAGCUGGCUUCUUUCCUCAUGUCCUUCUUGGCCGUCCGCGACAAAAUGCCACUAGCUACAAUCACGGCUGCAGCCCAAUGCCUUUAUGUCAUCACUGACGACAACUAUGCCGCCAUUAGCGACGUCCGGUCUGAUGGGGGGUACAUCUCAUGCCUGAUGUCCAUCGUUACCUCCGAAGGCCUGAGGUCGGACCCCGGCCAAACAGCGGAUCCUAGGAUAAUCAUGUUGCGUGUGCUGGCAUCUGGCAUCUUGGGAAACGUAUCACCCAUAACGCCGCCCUCUGCCGCCUCUGCCCUUGAUAUCGACAGGGAUGUUAUCCUACCACAGCUUUUGCCGGUUAUUUCUUCACUUUCCCUAAGCGAAGUCUCAAGAUCUGCCCUACAAUUGAUCGAAGAACAGUCGACUGUCCCUUCAAUCGACAAACUCUCUCUGAAGAAAUCGCCCAAAACCGAUCACAAGUCUGCAUCCGAAGUUGAAUUAGAUCGUCUCGAAGGACAGUUGCGCACGGUGCAGCUCGCUUUGGAGAUUCUAACGGGUGUAUCGGCGGCUCUCCCAGACCCCGAGUCUGUGGAGGGCGUCGAUGAUGAGCUCGAGAAUGAGGUUGUAAUCGAAGACGAAGAAACUGUCGACGAGGAUAUAGCUAUGGAUGUCGUCCCGGACGAGGUGGAAAGGGCCACACAAUCCCUGCCCCAGAUCGUGGAACCACUGCUAGCGUUGAUUCAACCGACAACAUUGUCCUUUCCUCCCCAUGCUUCUCCGUCACCUCAUCCUCCAACUACCUCCGCUAUGAGUGCUGUCCACAUCGCUGCCCUCGAAUGUCUGAAUAACAUAUUUCUCUCGCUGGCGCGCCAUGACACUGUCAUAGAGAUUGAUGCCGGUCGGACGGUUUGGAAUGCCGUUUGGUCGUCCUUGGCAGCGGUCGGCACUCAGAUUGUUCUCGGUCAGGAAAGGCGGCAAGCGAUGUGGGAAGUCGCCGCUGGAGUCCUCUGGGGUGUAGCUAGUGUCUGCAAGGGGAAACUGGAACCUGACGAGGGUCAAGUGCAGGCGCUGAUGGCACUCUGCGACAGCGCUGGAUCAGAUGCUCAGUUACGGGUCAAAUGCAUUGGGACACUUGAGUGUCUAGCCCGGAACACUGCUUUCAUGGAGAUCAAUGCUACAAUUGGGGGAUAUCUGUUAUCUAUGCUGCCCUCCAUGACCGAACCUUCCCCGGCAGGCACAGAGCCUAUGCUCCAGGCCGCAUCGUCUAUCAUCGAUAUCUAUUCUGAUGAGGGCGCUCCAUACGAUGCCAACUUUCGUGCUGGCGGAUACCUUGUGCGAUUGACGGAGAGCGUGGAUGGUUUAAAAAAGGCCGUGCGGGGAAUUGAUCGGAAGAAGGAGUUGCAGCUGAGGAGGAGGGGGGAAGAGGUCCGGGAUAAUCUUGUGGCAUUCAUCCAAUAUCGAAAAAAGCUGAAGCUGUAGUUCUCUCAGUGUUUCUGUUUCCAAGACUGAUUUCAUCAGUGACGUCGCUAAGAAAUCUGAUGGCCGUAGUCUGCUACUCUGGAAUGUGUCAGUUGUCACAUUCAAGCGUCAACGGUCACUCUCCCCGACCACGACGCCCAUACCACCUUUCCCGGCUUCGCUGUCCAUCUCAUUGUUCUCUUUUCUUCUUUCCUUUGACUUUUUCUUUUUGAAUUCUCUCGCCUGUGCUUCCUGCUCGAAUGAAUUUCUUCAAGACUAAGCAACGAACACCGCCUGAUCUGGUCCGCUCUCUGCGCGAUGCUAUUCCCCGUCUUGAGCAGGGUGUACCUGGAAGCGAGUCUCGGAGGAAGGCAAAUGAGGAUAUCUCGAAGAACCUCCAACACGUCAAAUCUAUACUAUAUGGCGAUGGGGACCCUCUUCCAGAGCUGGUCGCGCAGUUGGCACAGGAGACAUACUCGACAGACCUACUUCUCCAUCUUGUUUCGAACAUCCUUCGUUUCGAAUUCGAGGCUCGCAAGGAUGUUGUCCAGAUCUUCAACAAUCUUCUUCGCAGACAGAUCGGCACCCGUUGGCCAACAGUCGAGUAUAUCACAAGCAAGCCAGACGUCAUCUUUGCCGCCUUAGCUGGUUAUGAAAACGAGGAAGUGGCGCUCAACACCGGGAUGAUCCUGAAAGAGAUGUUGCGUCAUGAACAGCUUAGCAAGAUCCUGUUACACUCAGAUCAAUUCUACAAGUUCCCCCACUACAUAGAAACGACGACAUUUGGAAUUUCGUGUGAUGCGUUUGCCAAUUUCAAAGAAACGCUUACCCGUCACAAGCCGAUGGUCGCUGAAUACAUCGACAAAAACUACGAUCGGUUCUUCUCCUCAUUCACCACACUCGUUCUGUCCGACAACUAUGUCACCAAGCGACAGUCGCUCAAGCUUCUCGGGGAGAUACUGCUUGACCGAGCUAACUUCAAUGUUAUGACCCGAUACAUCGCCAAUGAGGCCAACUUGAAGAUGAUGAUGAAUCUCCUACGCCACAAGAGUAAGAACAUUCAGUUCGAAGCAUUUCACGUUUUCAAAGUCUUUGUGGCCAAUCCCAAGAAACCCCCGCAAAUUGAGACAAUCUUGCGGAGGAAUAAGGAAAAGCUUCUUGUUUUCCUGAAAGGAUUUCAUAACGACAAAGAAGAUGAGCAAUUCAGCGAUGAGAAACAGUUCCUCAUUGUCCAAAUCCAGGCUUUAUGAGUCUUGAUUUGUCUUGUCCGUUAUCUGAUACUGCUCUGCCAUGGGCACCUAAUUUGUACUAUGUAUCUCGCACAUUGACAACAUCUUGAGUGUUUUUUUGCACUUGUUGCCUGUAUGGAACACUGGCACAUUCACAAACAAAUUACUGCCC